AUGAUUAACUCUACUGUCAUGGAAGAAGUCUUGGAAUCUCCACCUACGUACAAGCUUAAUUUGGCUGAGCAGAUUUAUUGCGUUGAACUGUCACCUUACGAAUGGUCGCAGCAUUUGAUAUGCGUGGCCCUAACCGGCAAAAUUACCAUUGCCAUAAUCAAAUUUCAGGACGAAGACGAUGACAUCGAAGACAUUGAUUAUAAUCCCAUUCGAACAUUUCACCAUGAAGCCAGAGCUCAUGCCCUUUCCUGGAGUCCAAGAACGUCCCUAAGUGUUGUGCCAAAAAUUAUUGCAUUUGGCGUGGCAGGGGCAGAUUUCAAAAUCCGAUUGUACAACAGUAAUUUGAAUGAGCUCAAUACCUACCAGGUUCUAGAGGGCCAUAAGGAUUACGUCAACUCUAUUGCUUUUGAACCUGAAGGUGAUAUCCUAGCCUCAGUCUCAGACGAUCACACCUGUAAGCUUUGGGACAUAAAAGAGGAUAACAAAUGCCAUGUCACAUUCUACCUGACUUCGCCAGGAGUUACUGUCUGUUGGCAUAAAGAAGAGAUCGGUAAACUAUUAGUUGCUGAAAAAAAUGGACUUAUACGAAUGUACAACGUCAUAAGCCAGCAGGCAAUAUUAUCUCUUGAUGCCGGAGUUACACCUUUGAUGGCUGCAGAUUGGGGCCCAAACCCACUCAAAGUGGCAGCUUUAGCUGCUGGGGAGCUGUUGGUAUGGGAUGUAUUGAGACCAAGUCGUCCUGUGGAAUCUAGUUUGUUACACGUAGAAGGAGGUCAGAUGAUCAAAUUUUGUACUUCGGGAGAAAAUACCAUAGCUACUAUUGGCAGACCAGAGAAUUGUGUAAAAGUGGUCAACUUGAAAUCAAAACAAGUAAUCCUGAAUGGCAAAGUGCAGCUGAUAGGUGGACUUAGCUGGCACCACAAGUUGCCUUAUCUAUGUGCUGGCAGCGAUAGGGAAUUAUAUUUCUGGAAAGCAAAUGUGAAAUGAAUUUUGUCUCAAGCCGAUUGUUUUAAUAAUAAAUCCGAAGUCCCAAACCGA